CUCUUUUUCUUUUCCUUUUAGAAAACUUCAAAAGUACGGUGACGUUUUUAAAAACGUCUCGCUAUAAAAAGUUCACAAUCUAUUUUUUAUCGAUUUGCAAUAUUUGCCAAAUAAAAAUCCAUACCAAACGUAUAUUUGUUUAAAGUUCUACCGUUUCUACAUUCAUGACGUGUGACUGGUGCCCUAAGAAAUGUACACAACAAUUUCCAGCGUGUUUCCAGCGACAUCCCGGUACCACAUACAAAAGGAAUCCCGGAAACAUCCAUGAACUACAUUUACUGGCACAACGCAUUAAGCCACAAUAUUACGAUGGCAUCGAAUUGGACUAUGCACAUCGGCUUGCAGCUAACAAAAUUAUCACUGCCAAUUGGGUGUGGAGCCAUACGCGUCCCUCGGGCUUUCGCUUCGGCGGCACUUACUCCCUACGACUAUACGAAGAUUUUCUACAAACGCCCACUAUCAAGGCCGAUAUCAAUCCGACAACACUGGCUUCAAAUUUUAGCAUUGUUUUUUACCCACACAGCGCACUGCGUCUAGAGGCUGCCAUGCAACGUGCUGCCGAAAAUGUGCCCCUGCAAACGCAAACCACCAUCGAACUAACACGGCCGUCGACCACACUCACCUGCAACAUGUACAACAUCCGUUCGCAUACCGGGCGCAGUACCAUAUCGGCGAUGCACUCAAUAACCAAUGCGUGGGCGUUGGGUGCAGAGUUACUGGUUGAGUGGAUGGAUCCGCGUUCGAUAACGGCCGAAACGGCGCUCGCUGCACGCUACUCAAAACAUAAUUAUCAAAUAGCGGCAUCUGCAUCGCGGCAGGGCAUUGACAUCAGCUAUUGGCAGCGGAUACACGAGCGCAUUCAGAUGGCGACUAUGUUGGCGUGGCAAAGCAAGACAGAGAAGACCAUCGCUACCAUUUGCUAUCAGUGGGAUUUUGACGAUGCUGUGGUGCGCAGCAUGGUCAACUCUGAUCUAUCGGUGGGCUUUCAAUACUAUCGUUCGCUACCGCAUAUUCCAUGUGGCAUGGGUUUGAGUGCACUCAUUAGUUUAAUGACUAAUCGUUUUGCCUUUGGCCUCAAAUUUGUACUCGAUCCCAGUGGGCAACGCCGUGGGGACUAAUGCAACCAUGUGAGAAAAAGCUGUACAACAGAUGAUGUGUGAAUUUUGAAAAUGUAUGCAGUUGAUAAAAAUUUUGCAUCGCGAAUUUUCUAAAUAUUCAUUAAAUUU